AUGGGGCGGGGUCGGACAAAUAUGGACAAGCAGUCGGCACAGCUCUCCGCCCCCUCCGUUUUCUGCCUUUGGAAUCUCCUCGGAAACGAUGGCCAUGACCUGAGAGAUAACGCCCAUCCCCCGCCGCAUAACAAGCUUGGCACUGUCUAUAAGGAAACAACUAAAAUUUGCGCUAAACCUGGGCUGCGAGCUUGCUAUUGCGCUCUCGUUGUGAUCACUAGGCUGUGGGGAUUUUUUCAAGCUCAGAUCAUCAAGACCUUCUGUACUCCCGUUUUUCAUGCAGAAAUCGAUUCGCUCUCUUCGGAUGUUCUUCAAAAAGUGGAUAUAUGCGCUUCAGAUUUCCAAGACAAGACCUCUCUACUAUCGUCUCCUCAUGCACGGCAUUUUUCAAACCCGGCCUUCACGAUUCCAAAUCUUCUUCUAACCCAAAUUCUUCGUUAUCUCUCUUAUAUCAACCCUUCACCCAACCCUCACAUCUGCCAUCCCCCAACCCCCGACCUGCUUCAACAGAAAUUAGACAACGUCAUUGCCGUUCUCGGGGUUUCCUCUGGCAUUCUUUCUGCUUGCGUUGUCGCGGCGUCACGGGAUCCUUUAUCCUUCAUCUCAUUCGCUGUUCAAGCAUACCGUCUAGCCCUAUGGAUCGGAAUACGUUCUCAACUUUAUCGCCUCACUCUUCCAGCACCCACGAGCGGUUAUCUCGACAUUUUCCCUUGGGCACUCGUCGUCCUUGGAAUUCCGAGGCAUGACCUCGAGCAGUCUAUCAGCGAUUUCAACAAGUUCGACUCUGAUACAGAUCGUGUCCAUAUCACAGCAGCGAUAGAUGACAGAUGGAUCACCGUGUCGGGGCAUCCUGACGACCUGGCAGCGUUCGUGUGUAUUCUGCCUGAAGGGGCGUCUGUGCAUGAGACCAGCAUCAAGGCUCUCUAUCACUGUUCGUCGAAGCUCCAGACCAUACGCGAUGAAGUCCUCGGGGACGCUUCGUCGAGGAAGAUUCGGUUUCCGACUUUCGAGGACCUCGUCGUCCCUGUACGCUCGACGUUCUCUGGCGACGUCAUUAAGGACGCCGGUUCCGGGGUUACGCUCCUCGAGAUGGUGGUCGAUAUGAUUCUUAUGCAACCCGUCAAUUGGGAUGUAGUGGUUGAAAGAGUCGUACGAGGCAUUCCUUGCGCUGCGGAGGUCGAUAUCGUCGGUGUUGGGCUGGGGAAGGGCAUCCUCAAGCGAUUGGAGCAGGCAAUCUCAUCUCAGGGUCUCGAUCUGCGCUCUUCCGUCGACCUCAACACCGAACAGACCCCGCGUCCACUAAAAGUCAAACAAGAGCCUAUUGCUGUCAUCGGGAUGGCCAUCAACAUGCCUGGCGCGCGUACCCCCGCUGAGCUUUGGGAAUUGCUCCUAAACGGUACUAGCACAGUGCAGGAGAUCCCGAAGGAUAGGUUCGACUUCGCGGAAUACACGGAAGGACGCUUACCUGGGCGCGUGAUGAAGGCGAGCACUGCGAAUUUCAUAGCCGGCGCGGAUGAGUUCGAUCAUGGCUUUUUUAACAUCAGUCCACGUGAAGCGAGGAGUAUGGAUCCACAGCAAAGGGUCUUAUUACACGCUGCAUACGAAGCCCUCGAAGAUGCUGGUUAUGUACCCAAUUCAAGCCCAUCUUUCAACCCGGGUACAUUUGGAUGCUUCAUUGGCGCCUCGACUCACGACUAUGUUCAUAAUUUAAGAAACGAUGUCGACAUUUACUACUCGCCCGGCACACUAGCGGCCUUCCUUAGCGGGCGUCUGUCGUACUGUCUUGGGUUAAGCGGGCCAUCUGUCGUUGUUGACACGGCUUGCUCAUCUUCUGUGGUGGCGAUCUAUCAGGCUGCACGUGCGUUAAUGAACAGAGAUUGCAAUGCCGCUCUCGCUGGGGGCGUCAAUAUCAUUUCCAGCCCAGACAUGUUCCUCGGGCUGGAUCGAGCACAUUUCCUGGCUCCAUCAGGGCAAUGCAAGUCGUUUGACGCCUCAGCUGACGGGUACUCGCGCGCGGAGGGGUGUGGUGUGUUUGUCCUCAAGCGGCUGUCCGACGCGAUCGUGGAGAACGAUGGGAUCCUCGGUGUCAUUCGCGGAGUGGAAGUCAACCAGAGCGGGCUGGCGGCGUCCAUCACCCAUCCGCAUGUUCCAACACAAGAGGCCCUGUUCAACCAGGUUCUCAAAUGCUCGGAAAUCGACCCUAAUUCCAUCACGCUGGUCGAAGCCCAUGGGACGGGAACACAGGCCGGCGACAAGAACGAGCUGGAAAGCAUUCGCCGGGUGUUCGCGUCUGAUCAGAGUCGGAAGGGAAAGAGACAAAGAAGACCAGAUACGCCCUUGUACGUCACCUCUAUUAAGGGGAACAUAGGCCAUCUGGAGGCGGCCUCUGGAUCUGCGAGCCUCGCAAAAGUCUUAGUGAUGUUGCGAGAGAAGAAGAUACCGAGGCAGAUAUCAUUCAAACAGCUGCACCCGCGGCUGGCGCCACUGGGACCAGACGGUAUUGUCAUCCCUGCGAGUAACGUACCGUGGCUGCCUGCGAACCACGGUGGUCCCCUCAUCGCUCUCAUCAACAACUUUGGUGCCGCCGGAUCAAACGCGACCCUCGUUGUGGAAGAAUAUAUCCCCUCAAGCUCAGCAAAUUCGUGCACGGCGUCUCUGGAUGGAGUCUCGUAUGUCUUUGGACUGUCCGCGAAGGAUGGCCCAGCGCUGGAGGCCCUAAGAGCCAGGUACAUCGCAUGGCUUUGCGACCCUCGGAACGAUGUCUCGCUCCUGGAUGUGGCGUACACCGCGACAGCUCGCAGACAGCUGCAUCCAUUCCGUCUUGCAGUCAGUGCCAGCAGCAAGGAGGACCUCAUCGAGAAGCUCGGGUGCACUCAGCUCGACGAGGCGCCAGUGCAGGAGACGGCUGCUCCCGUAGUUUUCGUUUUCUCUGGUCAGGGAAGCCACUAUCGUGGAACGGGCCGUUCCCUCUACAUUUCGUCGGCGAUAUUCAGGCGACAUGUCGACGAAUGCGAAGUUAUUUUGACCUCUUUGGGUUUCGGUGGGGUUACGUCCAUGAUCGCAGGAAGAGGAAGCACGGUCCAGCAUCCGAUGCUUAACGACCUCGAGGGGUCCCAGCCUGCAAUCUUUGCUUUGCAAUACGCUUUAGCAAAGAUGUGGCUGGCUUGGGGUAUUCGACCGGUUGCGGUCGUGGGACACAGUCUUGGAGACUAUGCUGCUCUCGUAAUAGCAGGAGUUUUAACUCUACGUGACGCGUUGAUCAUAGUUGCGACAAGAGCUCGAUGUAUGUUGGAAAGGUGCACCCCGAAGGAGACUGGCAUGGUCGCCGUCGGUCUAGAGCCCGUCAGGAUGCAAUCCAUUUUGGAGUCAAGGAAGGAGUUCACCAACUUGAGCAUAUCAUGUUUCAAUUCUCCAAAAGACUGCGUCGUUUCCGGUCCGAUGGUCGAGCUCUUGGCCUUGACGGAUUAUUUCGACCAGGAGCGUCUCUGCAAGUACACGCAGCUCUCAGUGCCCUACGGUUUCCAUAGCGCAGCCAUGUCGCCCGUUCUCGACGACCUUCUGGCUCUCGGAAAGAAGACCCGGAUGCACUCUCCACUCAUCCCGGUCAUCUCGACCGUCCUUGGUCGCGUUCUCCGCCCAGGCGAUAUUACCCUAUGCGUCCAUGAUUACUUCGCCCGCCAUUGUAUAGAGCCUGUCAGGUUCUUGGGCGGCAUUGAAUCGUAUUUGUCAGACGCCACCACCGCCGGCAAGGCUCUUGUCUGGUUGGAGAUAGGUCCACAUACGGCGGUCAUCCCUAUGUUGAAGGCUUUCCCUCAAUUAUCGGACGCCCUUCUCCUUGGAACACUCCGAAAAGGGCAAGAUGCAUGGGCGUCGAUAGCGAGGACCCUUUCAUCACUGUACAAGACAAAUUCUGGUAUCGAUUGGAGAAAAAUUUUCGCACAAGUUGGCCCAGCAAAAUGUGUCAGUCUUCCAUCUUACCCUUUCUCAAUGAAGUCGUUUUGGGUGCAGUUCAAGGAAGACGCUGUUGGCCGCAAGAUCGACUUUUCACUAAUCCGAAACUGGGUGCAAAUACCGAACGAUGGGAACGAAGGCGUUGCCAUUCUCGAAACAACCAUCGAGCGGCUCAGAGUUUACAUUGAAGGUCAUCGCGUUGCCGGUAUCCCGCUUUGCCCCGCGUCCAUUUACCUCGAACUCGUGUUUUCCGGGGUCCGCCUGGCUCUCAGGCAGCUUGGCUUCCAUGACGGCGCGUCUAACAUUUCUCUCACCCAAAUUAAUGUCCCAAAGCCUCUGGUCUGCGUUUUCGGUGAAGAGAACCAUACCGGCGCAUUGCAAAUUGUGAUCAACACAAAGAACAACACGUUUUCAAUAAAAUCUCGCACGGCGUCAUUUCUCGAAGGUCUCCAUGCCGAGGGCGAGUACUCGCUGUGCACCUCAGACGAUACGGAAAUGAAAUUCAAGCUUCUUUUGCCCAAUGUCGUUCGUCGAGCCAGUGCGAUAUUACAUCCUGGGACAGGCCCGACAACCGAGACUUUCUACACACGCACUGCUUACCAAAUCAUAUUCCCUCGCGUCGUCGAAUAUUCUAAGGUUUUCCAGACUAUGCAAUCUGUGGAUGUGCUGCCCAAUGGCUUGGAGGCGGCGGCCUCUGUGAAGUUCAAUACCUCGUGCGACGGACGUUUCACUAUCCAUCCCAUCUUCCUCGAUAGUCUCAUCCACGUCGCCGGCUUCGUCGCCAAUCUUCGCGGCGGGCUUGACCAUGCAUACAUUUGCAACAAGAUCAGCUCCUUUACUGCUCUGCCAACCCGAAUCGACAAAUAUGCUACGUAUAAGAUAGUGUGCAGAAUCGCCGAGCUCCCCCACAACGAAGGGAUCGUCGCGGAAUCAUGGGCAGUUUUGGAAGCGGACCCCAAAAUACUAGUUGCCCAUGUUGAGGGCAUUCGUUUCCAACGUGUUCGUCUCAGCGGCCUCAAGUCCAGCCUCGCUAGCAUUGCAGGGGUUUCAACCCCCUCUUCUGUCUGCUACUCAGAGCCUGACGGUUAUUUCAGUCACAUUGCUCCACCGGAUAUCAAGACCGUCGUUCUUCAAACCAUCGCUAGCACCUGCGGUGUCGACCUGAAGCAGAUCUCUGUCGAGCAGAACCUUGCUUCCCUCGGCAUUGACCCCCUUAAGCGGUUGGAGCUGUGCUACGGCCUUUCCAAGGCCUUUCCGGCUUUUGGCUAUCGCUCUGAAGACGUUUCCGGUUGCCGGACAAUUGGCGAAGUCGUAAAUCUCAUAACGUCUAAUCCGGUUUCCGAACACGUUCCGUUGCUUGCACCUUCGAAUAUGACCUCCACGCCGCGAACGUUGGUCUCAAAUGGCAGCCCCCUGGUGAAGCGGGUCUUUGCCCAGGUGCUUGACGUUGAGGAGGACGCCAUCGGGGAUGACGCCGAUCUUGGAUCGUUGGGUCUUGAUUCGCUGAGCUCAAUUGAGGCCUCGCAUAUUUUUACCAAUAGGUUCCAAAUCAACAUGCCUCUCAACUUUCUCAGCCCUAAGCGAACCAUCCGCGACAUCGAAACGCAGGUACUUUCUCCCGGAAAUUCAUCUUCUCCAUCUACCCUGCGGGAAAGGUUCCUGCGCAGUGGAGCUACUGAAAAUCCGGUCGAGAAGAUGAAGGACGCACUUGGGCUCAAUACCAGGCUCUGGUCUGUGCGCUCUGCGGACGACUCUAGGACACCUCUCGUCCUCAUCCAUGAUGGAAGUGGGUUGGCGGUCUCAUAUCAGCGUAUCCUGGAUCUCCAGAGGCCUGUAUGGGCGAUCAAUAACCCGAACUUUUCGAGCUCGCGUCCAUGGUUAACUAUCUUGCAAAUGGCGGAAUCCUAUGCUGCGUUUAUUCUCGAGAAGAUUACUGGACCUGUUAUCAUUGGAGGUUGGUCCUUUGGUGGCGUUGUCGCCUUUGAAGUCGCCAAAACUCUUCACUCGCGAUUAGUGCCUGUCAGAGGCGUCAUCCUUAUCGAUUCACCUGACCCAUUCACACACAUCUCGUUGCCUCCGUCGGUCAUCGACGCCGUUCUGGCCUCCUCGAAGAAUUUGGACCCAGAAAUCAAAUCACUUUGCAAACAACAAUUCACGAUGAACGACAAGCUUCUCAGCAAAUACGACCCAUACGAAACGAGACACUAUGGACCGCCUCCUCGGCUUAUUUUCUUACGGUCGACAGAUGGUUUCAAGCUCUCUCCACACAAUCAAGAAAAUGUUCCCUCAUGGCUGUCAGAUCGUAGUAGGGUGGCAUCUAUGACCCAUGGAUGGGAACUCCUUGCUGGCGUCCCUAUCAAAGUAUUAGACAUUCCCGGAAACCACUUCCAACCUUUCGAGCCUCAGAACGUGAUGGCCGUCUCGCAACGUCUCUCCGAAGCCUGCAACUCACUCGAUAAAUAG